AUGCGUCUAUUCUCAAGGUUAACCAUCAUCAUGGUUGUUUCAUUCACUUCGAUAUCAGCUCUUUUCACCACGACUCAAGAAGAACACGCUAUAUUCAAAAUCACUUCGCAAACUCACGACAAGCAAACCAUCAUAGGGUUCUUACAAGACGUGGCCAAUAAGAUUGCUGAAUCACCAUCCCAUCUCAACCGAUUUCAUCAAUGGGCCACUUCACUAACCUCAUCUGCCCUCUCAAAGGAAGAUAAAGCUUGCCUUGACAACACUGUAAUCAAGUUUUACAUCAGAUCCUUGAAAUUGAGCGAACAUACAUAUGAAGCCAGUGAGUGCAGAAUCAAUUUGAACCCGAAAAUGCAAUCGAUACUACAACCAACACCAAAUAUCCACAAUUUGUUGUUGAGGGAUAACGACAUGCUUGAGACCCAGAUGAAAUAUGUCUUGAUGGAUGAGUUUAGCCGGUAUCAACAAUUCAAAGAUUACAAGUUCAAUGAUUUCCAACAUUUGAAUUAUGACUUGUCAUGCAUCAUUGACUAUCAGCAGUUGAUGCAGGUUGAGUUGAUGGAAACUGUGGUGGAGGCAAACUUGGAAAGAAAAAUAAAAGUGGAUGAAGCAUGUGGGUUGAAUGCAUUGAAUCAAAACUUUAUUGGAAUGUCUAUCGAUUAUAUAACCACCCACGUACCAGUCAAUGGAACAUUUUAUUGCAAAAAGGGCAGAAGCAAGACAUGUAAUAGGGCUAUUGCUGACUCUGCAAAUGCUCGGUAUAAGCUACCUUAUUAUUAG